AUGCGGCGAGUAAUAUUCCUGGCAGCAUCCAUCUUCGUGUACCUCACCGCUGUCAAGCACUCAGUGGAGCACGGGAAAAUUGGACACAACGUCCCUUGGCGCCCUGGAGGUGACGACGGUGAUCCUCGACGCCUUGGCGGUGACAAAGACAACCACAGGAGCCUGAAAGUACGAGAGAUGCUGAGCUCAGGUGCUAGGAGCUUACGUCCCCAGCAGCGGGAGGGGACGCCAUCCCAGGACCCGGAGCUUGCUCACUUGGUCGUGGAGGCUUUCCUAUCCCCGCGUGGAGUGGUCGUCUGGCUCAAUGGUCAAGAGGUAUACAGAGUGGUGAACAAGACCCACGAGUGGACACAGAGGCCAGCCCGACUCCACGCUGGGGUUCACCUCCUGACGCUGCACCAGAGCUCCGGCAAGGUGAUGCGGGCCGACACCUACCUGACGUGGCAGCCGGAGAACAGCAGACAACUGCGGGAGGCGAUCGUGGAUGCUACUGAUGGCCGACUCCUCCUCCUCCUGGGCACGUGUCAUCAUCGACAAAGAAUAUUAUGGAUCUAUGAGGUCUGUGAGGCAAGAUACACUCUCUUCUAUAUCGUCUUUUCCUUGUCAUCUCUUCUCCUGACGACGUCGCAGCCGGAGUUCACCAUGUACAUGGGACAGGAGGUGGUGGAGCUGCUGGUCUCCCAGGGCUCACAGUUCGUCAACCGCCUGGCGAAGGGCGAGUCCUGGUGCCUGCUGGUGCAGAAGGGUGUGGGUGUCCUGCACGAAGUCCUCACAACCGUUCAAAGCAGUGUAGGGGGUGACGGUGACAACGACGCGGCUCCUACCAGCCUCCUGCUGGUGGUUCCCUUGAAACAAGGUCUGCGGACUAAUAGUGUUGUGUAUGAGGUGGAGUACGAGAUGAAGGAGGUGAUCCCUGUGGCCAUAGUGACAGCUCGCCGGCUGCCCCACGUCCUGCGUCAGGUGGGGCAGGUGUGGGCCAGCCCCGGCGGCACCAACACACCCAUCACCAUCUUUGUCGACGGCCACAACCCCGAGGCCCAGGCGCUGGCUGCCCUCCUCCACCUCCCUCUAGUCCAACACCACAAUCCCGCCUCCAAGGGUUCCUCGACCAGGAUCAACGAGCACAUUAAGUUCGCUCUGAAGACGGUGUUUGAGAUCUACAACACAGCCAAUCUCUCCAUCAUCUUGGAAGACGAUCUCCAGCUUGCCCCAGAUUUUAUUCCGUAUUUCCACCAGACGGCGCCACUACUCAAGUCCGACCCUUAUCUAUUGUUCGUGAAUGCCUUCAACUACAACUCUUACGAUCACACCGCCUACGACCCCCGGAGGCUCUACCGGGCCCACGGCAUCCCGGGGUAUGGCUGGAUGACCACCCGUCAGGGAGCAGCGGAUAUGCUGGCUAACUGGGUCCCCAACACCAAGAGAGACGCCGUGUGGGACUGGUGGGUGCGAGCCAGGGUGAUGGGCAGCCGGGACAUGCUGCUGCCGGAGGUGCCCAGGACCAGGCACAUGGGCGGGGGCGGCACCCACGUCUCGGGCUUCGACCAGCUCUUCUAUUCCUCCCAGCCUCUCAACAACCUCACCAGUGUCACCCUCGACGUCGAAAGAGGUAAAGAAGCUGUAAUGAAGGGUAGUGAUGACAUCCAUGGUCUUGACAGUGCUGAAGAAGCCAACUAUGAGUACCACAUCCUGCAGGAGAUGAGAUCUGCCCAGGUGGUCACCCUCACACAGCAUCCCUGCGAGGUCACCCCUCUCCCGACCCACCAGGUUCAUCACCAUUAUUCUGGAAAUGUUAAACCAAACUGUUAA